AUGGCAGCGACCGGGCCGCUCUUCCAGGGCGUGGACAAGGACUCUUUCGCUUACAAGCUGCUGAAGAAAUCGGGAUGGGAAGAAGGAAGGGGACUGGGCGCCAACCAGCAAGGCAUCACUGAGCACGUGAAGGUCAAGAAGAAGUUUGACGCUCUCGGUGUGGGCGCGGCGGAGCGCGCGCAGCACCUGCGGGACUGGACUACCGGGAUGGUCAACUUUGACUCAGUCCUGUCCAGCCUGAAGGAGGUCAAGGCAGCAGGUGGCGGCGGCGGCGACAGCAGCGACGAGGGCGAGGACGAGGAGGGAGCAGGGGGCGGCAGCGACGCCGACGGCGAGGACGGCAGGAAAGCUCGCAGCAAAAAGGAUAAGAAGAGCAAGAAGGAUAAGAAAGCUGACAAGAAGGAGCGCAAGAAGGAGAAGCGGAGGCGCAAGGAGGAGGAGGCCGCGGCGGAGGAGGAGGAGCGCGCGCAGGAGCAGGAGGCAAAGCGGGUGAAGCUGGCGACGCACGUCGGGCGCUAUGCGCGGCGUGAGCGCGCCAAGCGGGUCAGCGGGUACUCUGCCACUGACUUGGCUGCGAUCCUGGGGUCUGCCUUCAGCGAGCCGCCCGCCGAGGCCGGCGGCGCGGACGGAAGCAGCAGCGGCGGCGGCAGCAGCCCGGCGUCGAGCAGCGGCGGCGAGGGCGAGGGCGAGGGCGGCGGCGCCGGAGCCGGCGAGGGCCGUGGACUGGGGGCCGCCGGCGGCGGGAGCGAGGAGCGGCUGCGGCCGGGCACGCCGGUGAAGGAAGAGGCGGCGCGCUCGCCUGCGGCUGCUGCGGCCGACGACGAUGCGGCACCGGCGGACGACGCGGCGGCAGCGGCGCCCGCCAACACAUGGUGGGGCAACAUGUUUGUGCGCGCGGGCCGCGCGGGCAGCGGCAGGGACGCCAAGGGCACCAACAAGGCACGCGGCUUCUCUGAGCAGGACCAGACUGACCUCUACAACAAGACGCACCAGGGCGCCACGCAGGGCCGCCAGGGUCUCGGCCAGUCCAGCGCGCCCAAGAAGGUCGGCGGCGUGCGCUGGCAGGGCAAGAAGACGCGCCUAGCCGAAAGCAGCGAUGAGGAGGAAGAAAAGGACAAGGAUGAGCAGCAGCAGCAAGACGAGGCAGCAGACGGGGCGGAGGCGCUGGCGCAGCAGGGCAUCACCAUCGUCGCCCCAAAGCGGACGCGAGACGCAGGUGUGGCGGCAGCGGCAGAGGGGGCCGCGGCCGCGCUGGAAGCUGUGGCGGCUGCUGGCAGAGAGGGCGGGAAGAAACAGAAGAAGCAGAAGAAGGGCAAGCAGCAAGAGCAGCAGCAGCAUCACGAGCAGCAGGAGCAGCAGCAGCAAGGGGAGGACGGCGAGCCGCCUGGCAAGGCCGAGAAGAAGCGGAGAAAGGAGGGGUCUGCCGCGGCAGGUGUUGAAGAAGCGGCUGCCAAAAAGUCCAAGAAGGGCAGCAAGCAGCAGCAGGAGCAGGCGCAGCAGCAGGUGGGGUUGGCUGUCGCAGAGGAUGGCGGACAGCAGCAGCAGCAGCAGCAGCAGCAGCAGCAGCAGCAGCAGGCCUCAGGCGGCAAGGUCAAGUGGGCGAGCGUUGCCGAGCAGCUGCUGGCGUCGGCGCCGAAGCGCCGCAUGCGCGUGAUGAAGCUGCACCAGCGGGCGCUGCGCGAGGCCGGCCUGGGGUCUCUUGCGCCGGGAGAGGCGGACGCGAUGAUGCAGCAGAUGUUGAAGAAGCUGCGCAAGGCAGGGAGUUUCAGCGUUUGUGACAAGUAUGUGCAGUUGUCGUAG